UAGCAAGACUGUGAAGGGGUGUGACACUUUCACUUACAUUUUUUGGAGUAAAACCUGUAUGUCAUUUAAAGAAGAACAAAAUGAAUAGAUUCUUUUAUAAUGGCUGGUUUUAGUCUAACGCUUCCUCCUUUGCACGUCACAACCUAGGGGCGGUAGUGAAGUGCUCUUUCUUGUGGAAAUUGAGGGGGUUAUGAUUGCUUUAAAAAAGCUCUUAAAAACAUAUACUUAUUAUUUGAGACUAAGGUAUAGUUGGAAAUUUCUUAGUUUCAUUGGCUAUAAGUAAAUAUGGUUUAAGAAAGUACAAUUCUCAUCUUCCUCCAAAGUUUCUCUUAGUCCACGCCUAGUCAAUUCAAUGUUUCGGAUCUGGAGCUGGACAGAUAAAAUAGCGUUUGUCAAAAAAAAGCUGUGCGGGCCCAGUUCCUCUUCUGUGUGGUAAUGUCUUUACAUGGGUAUCUCUGCAUGCUUUUUCGCAUAAUUGGAACACUGUAGGUGGAAGAAGACAGAGAUGGCAGUUAAAUGGCUGCAUUCAAGUUUAAUAUACAUCAUUCUAAUUUGGCAAAUGCCAAGCUGUUUUGCCAGCAAUCAGUGUUCAGAAAUCCAGGUGAAAAACACAAUUGUUGAUGUCAAGGCUGCUCUUCUGAAAGGUGUUAGAAGUAAAGAUCCAGUCCACGUGGCAACACCAGAAGCAUGCACUGAACUUUGUUGUGAUGGUGAGCCGGUAAAAGAUGCAGAGAGUUCAGGGAGAAAACCACUGAAUAAAAAAACACCUCAAGAAGAAUCCGACUGGGAUGCCCAACAUUUUCCCAGCAAUGAUAACAUUACACUAACUAAAUCAAACAACUCCCAGGCUGAGACUAAGCAGCAUGAUGCUCACAGUGAUGUCCAGAAAAACAUUACUGUUCAUCUGCUUCACAUUGUUAAUAGCUUGGAGAAAAAUCUUGACAAAAUUGAAGAACAGUUAGGUGAUUUUUCUAGCCACAGUUCAGAAAAUCAAACCCAAGUUCACCAUCCCACAAAGGCUCCAGCAAAUAAGAAACUUAAGAAAAACACAGCUGCACCACUUGUCGCAAGAGCUAAAAGUGCAUCUGUUUUUUCAAAUGCAGACGGUGUUACAACAGGAAAGACAAGAAUCUUGGCAGUUCAGCAUAUUUUGACAACAAAAGAACCUCAGGCAACGCCGUUUAUUACCCCUACAUUAUCUUCACUAGCUUUCACUACUGUUGCCAAAUCUCAUAAAGCAACCACUUCAGUAAGAUUUCCUGAAGUUGCAUUUGCGUCUGCCUUAUCCCAGAGAACUACCAGCAGUGCAGUAACCCAACCAGCAGCAGCUGUUGCAAAGUCCACAAGCAGAACACUGAUUAUGACACGUGCUACCACUACCAUACCCCAUAAGCUGAAAAAAACAACUUCUCACCCAGCAGAGGAUGGACGUAUCUUGUCUACCAAAAUCACAUGGAACUUAAAAGGAGCUACAAGGUCUUCUGGGAAAACUGCCACUGUGGCCAGCAUUUCCCCAUUUGUUAAUUUAAAGAAACUAAACCUUUUCAUAAAUGAAACUCUCACUGUUAAAUUGAGCCACAUGGAGAAUCCGGCCGGUAUCCAGAAGAGCCUUGUUGCAAGUUUACUUUUUGGUGUGUUUUUUCUGGCUCUGGUUCUGGCAAUUUUUGUUCAAAGAGCAGUGGAUUCGUUUAGACAAAGACAUUAUACCAAGUUUGAUUAUCUAAUCAAUGGAAUGUACAUUGGAGUUUGAUUAUUCUUAUUUUAAGUUUGUACCUGGUGGUAAAUUGUUUUUGUAAAUGAUUACUUUUUCUGUUUCUUCCCAUUUACCUGUUUUCAUAUUCUGCAUUGUCAAAGGAUAAGUCUGAUCUCCAGCAGUGAGAAUAGGUGAGAUCCUCCUGAGCUAUUUUCAUAUGACACACUAAUUAGUAAUGAUUGCAAAAGUAACAGUACUGAAAUCCAUCUUUUUGUGACGGACAGCUAAAGAAAAAAAAAAAACACUAAGAACCGUAACAGUGACAGCAAUAUUAUCAGUGUUUUUUAAUGACUUCAAAGUCCGUGUGUCAAAGUAGAGAUAAUAGACUAGUUUUCUUGCAGGUUGUCAGUUGAACAUGUUUUUUUUUUUUAGUGCUUUCCUUGCCUGAGAUGUUGACUGAGUUUGCGUUGUCCUAUCCCUUUUGUGUAUUUUGAACAUGGCCAGGUUUCAGUUGUAUUAUUUUCGUAGGUUCUUGAAGUUAUGCUUUUUGAGGAAGCUCCCUUUUUUUAGAUCUUGUGAUGUAAAGAAAAACUAGUGUGUGAGCCUGAUGGGAUGACAUCUGGUAGCAGUGAUAACACAGUGGGUGAUCUGUGUAUUUGUAUACCCUUGAGUUGAGCCCUGUUGUAUUAUAUUGUGCCCCAUCCACUUGCCUAUUGCCACAUAAGACCCUUGUUACAUAGCGAUAACAUGGAAAUCCACCACUGCAGCAAUGGAAAUUCACAUGCAAGUAGCCUGAUAGUGUACUGUGGCAGUUACAAAUUUGCUGCUACAAAGAGCAUCAUACUCUAUUGACUAUUAUUCAUUACAGGUGUUGCAUUUUGCUUAAAUGCUACAGUGCUUAAUAUUUUGUAAGCAUGAAUAAAGCGUAAAGAAAAAGAAAAGUA